AAAAUAUCGAUAUGGACUAAAUGGUAUAAAAUAUUGUAAUUAUGUUGUUCACUUUCAAAGUAGGUUUAAGCAUAUUUCGAUGUCUGAUUUUUUUAAUGAAAAAUAUAUUUGUCGUGCAAUAUGAAAUAAUAGGUGCCUUCUUAAUUUAACAGAAUAUCAUGAAAAAACUGGUUGACAUGACUAAACGUCAACGAAAUCGAUAUUCAUGGUAUCAUCUCUAGUACCUACAUGAGUUGUAAUAUUUCUGUUUUGUUCAAUGUUGUAUUUGUGAAAUUUGAAAGUAUUUGUUGGUUAAAAAACUGGAAAUUUUGAAGUGUAUAAAAAUGGAUCAAAUUAAUAAUUGGAAAACGUUAACAAACUGUGAUUUGAAUGGUUACACUCUUAUUAUACCAAGUGUGGCGGUUGGUAAUGUCGCGCAGCUUGCUUGUGAUUUACUUAUUUCUUCAUUAAACAUGAGAAAAAUAGCGCUAUUAUAUAGCCCGGCAUUUAUUCCCAUAUCCGGAUAUGAUCCCUAUAAGAUUGGGUCGACCUCGAUGUCUGUUUGCUGUGAACUAUAUGAGUGUCCAGAAAGUAAAAUAAUUAUUCUACAGCUGAGAGCGCCGCUAGUUUAUAAAUAUGCACGACAAUUUCUGAAUGACGUGGUGGACAAAUUCAAGGCUGAAAAUGUGAAAGAUAUAAUAAUUUUAACAAGUAGUUUUGCUCAUGAGAAGAGGCAUAUAAUGUCAUCUCAGUUCCGAUAUGUUGUCAAUGAUUUGAGUCCUCAUACAAGCAAGUUGAGGACGUUAGACUGGGCAGAACAUGAACAUAGAGGAGAGACUGUAAAAAUACUAGGAGGAGGUUUUGCUUCAUUACUUUUUGAAAUUAGUAAGGAGAAGUCUGUCCCGUCUUUGGUUCUGUACAAGUUUGCCUCGGAAGGAGACAAUAUACCAGAUGCAUUCGAAAUGGUCCAGUAUUUGAACAUUAUAGUACCACUGUUUGAUGGCCCAGACAUUUAUUCACAACUAAUCCACCCAGUGUCUUGGAACCUGAUGUUUGGAGGACCACCACCAACAAAUAUUUACUAAAAGUUAACGUUAAAUACUAGACAAAAAAUAAAAAUAUUGUAUUUUAUUAAAAAUUAUUUUCCUGA